AUGCGAGUUUCAGCCCCUACCAUCCCGCAUGUCGUUACUACAGCAUCCAGCAAGCCGAUUUCACCGGCCGUAGCAGUAGAACGGAUUGCAGACUUCCUUUCGUCGGGUAAUGUCACACUGCUGACCGGCGCGGGUGUGAGUGUGGACUCUGGUAUCAGAGCUUAUCGCGGUAAGGAUGGCAGGUACAUGAACCCAAACUACCAGUACUACCAUGAACUAGUCGAUAGGAGCCCUAAAGGCCAAAUGUUCAGGCAUGCAAACCCUUGCUUGCUCCGUUCAUACCUUGGCUAUCCACCGGUCCGCGAUGCAUUGCCCAAUACCACCCAUUGUGCACUCGCAGCCCUACAGCAUACUUCUCACAUUUCCCGUUUAAUCACCCAGAACGUGGACGGUCUGCACAGAAAGGCCAUUGCCCAUGUUUGGCAUGACAACCUUAUAAAUGAACGAAUGCUAGAGCUUCAUGGAAGCCUACACCGGGUCCAUUGCAACCACGGCCACGUCGUAGACCGAAAUACCUUCCAAGACUGGAUCUCAGCCCACAAUCCUUAUUGGAAAGACUACGUUACUAGGCCCAGGACCAAUCCAGAUGGAGACGUCGAGUUGGAGGGAGUAUCAUACGACGAUUUCGUCGUACCAGAGUGUCCUCAGUGUGUGUUGGAGGGCCGUCACAAUACGAACCAAAAACCGACAGUCAUUUUCUUUGGCGAAUCAAUCCCAACGAUCGUCAGAAAUCGAUCGUUCCACGAUGUUGAAAGGUCGGAUAGGCUUUUCGUAGUAGGAACCACGCUGGCAACGUUUUCUGCUUUCAGGUUGGUACAGCACGCGGUCAAACUGGGAAAACCGGUCUUACUCCUGAACGUGGGCCCUACGCGUGGGGAUGGUCUGCCGGGUGUGGAGAAGAUCGAGAUCCCUGCUUCAUAUGUAAUGCGGGGCGUUGUCAGGACUAUCCUGGGGACCAGAGCUACUGCUGACCCAGUCACCGUUGAUCUUCUAAACAAAGGCAUUUACGAUCCGCCAUCAGAUAGGUAGUACUAACUCGAAAACGUUACAUUGUAGAGUGAACAGCUGCUAGUUGGAGCGCAAGAGUCCUAGGCUGUAUAUAGAUUAUAGCCCGUCUCCGGGCGAAUAUAAAAUCGUCAUCCUGGUAUAUACAGGAACGUGAU